AUGGUGUCUAUCGAAACGAUACGAGAGCAGUUCGACGAACUGGGCAUCGAACCGUCGGAUGAGGUGGUCAACGCAUGCAUCACAAUCUGCCUUAACAACGGCAUUAACGAUCCGGUAGAAUUUGUCGAACAAUGGAUGGCGUACAGUGUGUCGAAGCUGAGCGGUGCCGAGCCCACCGUGGCCUAUCUGAACGACAUGGAAGCACAUGAGUACACGGGAAAAGCGCGCAAAAUGGGAAAAGUGGCUACCAUCGUAGGUGGCACUGCAAGCAGCAACGCCACAGCACGCAGCGACCCGAAGGUGUCCAAAUUGACAACGUAUCGUAAUGUGGAUUCGGCCGAACAGGACGUGCUGGAGAUGUACGGCUGUGUAACACCAAAGGCAAGCAAAGCAGUCUCCCGUUUGCAACAUAGCAAAAAUACACCGGAUGUUGUCCGCGGCAGCCCGUUCUCCACCGUUACCUAUUCGCCAAUAUCUACAUCGAAGCAUGGAAAGGACUCCGAAGAUGCGAAGAGCGGCAAAUCGGGCCAAAUCGUGUACACAUACGGCAAGGCGCAACUGCUCAAGCAAAUCAACUCGUUGCCAGCAGCAUUAUCCGGUGGCGAAGAAACCAAUGACGGUUCGACAGAUAUUCCAGCAAAAGGCAAAAAUGGCGGUGGAAGAGAAGCUGGAGGUCGUGGAGCGACGAAGGAUACAGCUGCUGUGGCGCCGGGUGGGAAAGGGAUAAGCAUCGGCUAUCAGGCGGGCCAAUUUGCUAACGAAAACAGCAAAUAUAUGUUUGACUCGAGCUACGAUCGGGUGAUGAUAUUGAGCGAUCGAAUAUACGAAACAGGAUCAGCCAUUUGCUAUCGACUGGCACAGGAGGAACUUGCCACUGCGACACAACAAGCCACGCUGGAAGAGGGAUCGUCUGAGGGAUCGAGUGCGAACCACGCGACGGACGAGGAUGAUCGCGCUAGUGAUCGCGAAAUGGUAAACUGGUUGGACGGAGUGAAGGUGCACCACGUUGACUACCCCAGCUCGGACACCAUCCGUGUCUUGGGGAGAAUAGUGGUUGAACCGAGAACUACCAGCGCAGAUGGUGGUGCUGGCGUAGCGCAAGGUCGCAGCAAUGAUCAACAGCAGCACCGCCUUUCGAUCGUCGAUUUCGAUGAGCAAACGCUUCGCAACACGAGACUGGACCUUAGCCACACGAAAGCACCGUGGUCCCUGUUUCCUGGCCAAACGGUCCUGCUGGAGGGCAUCAAUCCCCGUGGGACAAUGUUUACAGUGCAGCGCGUGCAUCACCUGCGAAAGCUAAACCUUCCCUGCGCUCCGCAUACGCUCGAUCGUACGCUAAAGAUGGUUAUCGCCAGCGCACCGUUCACCGAUCGGACGGAUCUGUUGUACGAGAAACUUACCGGUUUGCUGGACUACUGCAGGACCGAUCCGCCGGAUGUGCUGCUGUUAACGGGCCCGUUGGCCGAUGCUAACCGUCCUUUGUACAAAGAGGUAGCCGAAACGUUCGACGAGUACUACGAGAAGAUCGUUGGUACGAUCAUGAGUGCCGUUGGUUCGCGGACGGAGGUGUUCAUCGUUGCCAACCACGACGAUGUCAACAGUUCCUUCGUCUAUCCCACGCCUCCGUACCGGGUCGCGAGCUUCUACAAAAAUCUUCACCUCCUGCCCGAUCCGUGUCUGUUCAGUAUCGAGGGGCUCGAGAUUGGGGUGACGACGGUAGACAGUAUCGGUCAUUUGAUCGAGAACGAAUGCUGCUCGGCCGACGCCGGCGAUAAGAUCAAGCGGGCGAUGAACUACCUCUUCCACCAGGCUUCGUUCUAUCCACUGAACCCACCGAUGGAGGAUAUACCGCUGGAUGUGGACAUGCUGAACGAUUUUGGACGCCUUACGCGCGUCCCAAACGUAAUGGUGUGCCCAAGCACAUUAAACCGUUUCAUCAGGGAAAUCAAUGGAUGUGUUUGCAUUAAUCCUGGUUUCGUGGACGGCCAACAAACGCCAGACGGUGGCUCAUACGCUAGACUGAUUAUUCAUCCUCCAGAGGCCGAUGCACCGAUGGUUGCAGCAGCGGCAGCAGCAUCCUCUUCUACACAGCAGAGGCCGGCGCCGGCGCCAUCCAGCUACAUCGCGUGUCAGAUCAUAAAAUCGUAA